GUUUACUAAUCCCAUUCGAAGGACUGGCCUCCGAUCGCAUCCAUCGCGCAUCCGUGUACUCUUCCUCCAGCAUUCCCCUUCACAAAACACACACUUUCCCCAAUUAUCAAAACCUGUUACUUCCCUCCCAUUCUCCUCUUCACUCGACGAUCUUCUUACCUACUUAUCCUCUCUAUAGGUCUUUGUUCAAGCGCAUCCAAGGAUAUCUCCGAAAACCAGACAAGGUAAAAAAAUAAGGGUCCUGAAAGUCCGUCCGUAAAUUUGUCUCUAGUGAUGGCGUCAUCUUCUUCUCAUUUGCGCCGUGGUUUGGUAUACCUACUUUAGUAGGCUGUUCACUGUUGGGUGACCUUUUGAACAACUCAGCUGGGUUCAUGCGAGUAUCAAAUGAGAUUAUAUCCAAUGGUUUGUACACACAGCAACAAAGGACCUUUAUACAAAUGAGGACCAAGCUUAAAGUAGUUGACAAUUCGGGUGCAAAAAAAGUGAUGUGCAUACAGGCACUGAAGGGAAAGAAAGGGGCGCGAUUGGGUGACACCAUAGUUUGCUCAGUCAAGGAAGCUCAGGCUGGGGGUAAAGUGAAGAAAGGAGAAGUCCACUAUGGUGUGGUUGUUCGUGCUGCAAUGCCAAGAGGCCGAUGUGACGGGAGUGAGAUCAAGUUUGAUGAUAAUGCUGUGGUUCUUAUCAAUAAGCAUGGUGAGCCGAUAGGGACCCGAGUUUCUGGCCCGGUUCCACAUGAGCUUAGGAGGAAGAAGCACCUGAAGAUUCUUAGCCUUGCUGAGCAUAUUGCUUGACCUGAGGAGGUCAUGCGUUGUCUGCUCUUUCUGCCCACACACCCUUUUUGGCUCCAGUGCUUGUUUCAAUUUCCACAGGAUGGCUUUUUGGGUAUUUUUGGUUUUCGAAUUAAAAUGAUUCACAAUCAAACACAUUUUAUUAAGGAUUGGGUUAUGCUAAAUGCAUUGUUUGUUGUGGUUUGACUUGCAAGAUAACUAAGUAGAAAGUCUGUAAAAUUGCAUGAAGGAUCAUAAUGCAUGAAAUUUUUAAAGAUUACUUUGAGUAUUGCAAA